AUUUAUUCUGUAAUUGGCUUGCACCGGGACCAGAGUGACCUAUUUCGUUUCACCUCAUGUUCACAUGUGUUGGAAUGACAAUAAAGCUCCUUGAAUCCUUGAAUCCUUAAAACAUGUCUGAAUCCUGAACACUUUUAUUUUGAAACCCGCCGCCGGAAGUGAUGGUUGAUGUUUUCGGUGGUUUGACGGUGAUAGCGGUUAGCAGAGUGAGCCGUUAGCUGGGUCAGAUAACGGCAGAGAAACCGUCGGAGUUCCGUUCUGUCAGCACAUCGGAGAUGGACCGACACCAGAACCAACCGGAAGUGGAUUUAAAGUCCGAACCGAAGCUGAGAGCCGCAGACAACCAGCAGCUGUUGGUGAGUGAAGACGUGGUUCUCCCUGAGCAGUGGAACCCCGGUCUGGAACAGGAGGUCCAGACUCAGCCCCCCCACAUUAAGGAGGAACAGGAGGAACCGUGGAGCAGUCAGGAGGAGUUCACAUUCACUCCUGUUCUUAUGAAGACUGAAGACGAUGAAGGUUCAGAUGUUGAGCAGCUGCUGAGGAAAGAAGAGGUUCCCCCUGAGCAGCAGGAGUGGAGCCCCAGUAUGGACCAGGAGGACCCAGAGCCCCCCCACAUUAAAGAGGAACAGGAGGAAGUGUGGAGUCAGCAUGAAUCAGUCUGUAACUUCAAUCCAGAUCACUCACAUCUGGAUCCUGACUCCUCAGAGUUUAAGACUGAAGUCAGUGACUGGACAGAGACCAGAGAACCUCAGUCUGUUUUAACUUCCCUGAAAAUUAUUGAGGUUCCUGUAACUGAUGUGAGAGGAAAGAAAACCUACAGCUGCUCCGAGUGCGGGAAAAUAUUUAGCCGUAGUCCACACCUGAAGAUCCACAUGAGGACUCACACAGGAGAGAAACCAUUCAGCUGCCCCUUCUGUGGGAAAAGUUUUACACAGAAAGUAAAUCUGACUUACCACAUGUCCGUCCACACGGGGGAGAAACGAUUCAGCUGCCGUUUCUGUAACCAAAGAUUCACCUGGUACACACAGCUGAAAAGCCACCAGUGUGUUUGUGAGUCGUCACAGCUUCAUCAGACUGAGGAGAACAGAGAGGCUGAGGCCGGAGAGAAAUCAUUCAGCUGCUCUGAGUGUGGGAAGAUAUUUAGCCGCAAAGACAAUCUGAACAUUCACAUGAGAAUCCACACAGGAGAGAGACCGUUCAGCUGCUCCAUCUGUGGUAAACGCUUUAAACAUGGAGGACACCUGACUCAACACAUGUCCGUCCACAGGAAGGAAAACAGAUUCAGCUGCAACAUCUGUGACAAAAGAUUCACCUGGCUCUAUCAGCUGAAAAGACACAAGUGUGAUGGUGAAUCCUCACAACCUCACGAGUUGUGGAGCAGUCAGGAGGGAGAGCAGCUUCAAGGGCUGGAGGAGGCUGAUAUCACCAAGUUCACCUUCACUCCUGUCCCUGUGAAGAGUGAAGAUGAUGAAGAGAAACCUCAGUCCUCAGAGCUUCAUCAGAGUCAGACUGAGGAGAACAGAGAGGACUGUGGAAGACCAGACAAACAGACUUCAGACUCUUCUGAGUUUAAAGUCUCUGUUGAUGGCUGGAAGAACACUAGUGAACCUGGGUCAGUUUUAAACUCUGUUAAAGUGCCUGAAAUGGAUUCAGGGUGUAACACUGUUAAGAAAUCAUUCAGUUGCUCAGAGUGUGGGAAAAUAUUUGGCCGAAAAGAACAUCUGCAGACACACGUGAGAAUUCACACAGGAGAGAGACCGUUCAGCUGCUCUGACUGUGGGAAAACAUUCGGCUGCAAGAGGUCGCUGCUGGGUCACAUGACGAGUCACACUGGAGAGAAACCAUUCAGCUGCUCUCAGUGUGGGAAAAGGUUUGGCCGCAUGGUGAAUCUAAAGACGCACGAGAGACUUCACACAGGAGAGAGACCGUUCAGCUGCCCCUUUUGUGGGAAAGGUUUCACACAGAAGGUGCACAUGACUCAGCACAUGGCCGUCCACACGGGAGAGAAACAGUUCAGCUGCAGCGUCUGUGAUAAAAAAUUCACGUGGCUGUCGGGUUUCAGACGACACAAGUGUGGCAGCGAACAGUCAGAGCUCGACGAUACCGAGGAGAACUCAGAGGUCGAACCCGGAGAUAAACCGUUCCGCUGCCGUGAGUGUGGCAACAGAUUUAAUCACAAACACAACCUGAAAGCUCACAUGAGAAUUCACACAGGAGAGAAACCAUUCAGUUGCUCUGUCUGUAGGAAAGGCUUCAUUGCGAGUGGAGCCCUUAAGAAACACCUGAGGACUCAUUCAGGAGAGAAACCGUUCAGCUGCCAAGUGUGUGGCAUCAGAUUUACACAGGGAGGAAAUCUGAAACGACACAUGGCACAGCACAGCGGAGAGAUACGAGCGAAACCGUUCAGCUGCUCCAUCUGUGGGAGAAGCUUCACACAGGUAUCAAAUAUGAAACGACACAUGGUGCAACACACUGUGAUGGAACCAUGUCAGUCACAGGAAGCAGGAAGCGAAGCUGAGAUCAGUUCAGACCUGAGAGAACAUCAACAGGAAGAAACCAAGAGUCAGCUGAUGACUGAGGAUUUCAGACUUCACAGUGACUGAAAACCAUCUGACCACUGACAGUAAAUAUAUAAGUAUAUAUUUAAUGUAUUUUAUUGUAUCAGAGCUUUACAUUUAUUUUCAGUUGGUUAAAUAUUCAGAUACUAAGGAGAGACAACAGUUCUUCACAUCUCUGCAGUGAUCGUCAGAAAGGUCGACUGACACUGGUCACAUGACCUUCACAGUGAUGGGAGGAGGGAGGGGGCACUGUAACCUGGAGCUUCACAUAUUAAGACAAACAGGUUUCUGUUCAGUUUGGGAAGAAAGUGCAGGACUGGCACUGACAACUGGUUUUUAUUUCGCAGUUAUAUUUUACUAUUGAUUAUUCUACAGAUUAUUUUCUUGAUUCAUUGUCUGGUUUAUAAAAUAUUGUAAAAUACUGAAGCAUCAGAGGUUGUCAGUGUCUGAGAUGAAGUUUUGUUCAGUAAAACCCAAAGAAAUUCACUUUGCUGGAAUCAGAGGAUUUCUGACAGAUGUCUGAUCAUUUUUACUGUUGAUCAGUUAAUUGACCCUAACUCUAACCCUAACCCUGCAAUCAAUGAUUGAUUGCAGCUGUAAUUUGAUGUUUCAAUGUGGUGACUUUAAACCAUCAGUGUGAUUAACUGAGUGUUUUUCCAGUUGUACUCUGACUGAAAGUGAUGGAGACUGACUCUAGACCAGCUCUGUAGAGCCGGCAACAUCCUUCAGGAUGUUGAUGAGGACACUGUAAAGACUGAAUAAAGACUAAAUAAAAUCUGUCUGCGCUGCUCACGACUGGGACGUGAUUUUAAAAACUCACCAACACUACAUAAAUGUUACACCACAGCAGGAAACACCUGUUCACCUGUGUUUGUCUUAACUCUGUUAAUGUGUAAACGUUCUCAUGGAAUCUGAAUAUUUUCAAAUCUCUGAUCAAAUCUUUUUGUUUGUUUAGUACAAAUCUGUUUCUGUUUCAGAACUGAACCACAGACUGGACAGUUUUCCUUUUGCUGUGAGAGGAUCAACUGUAAAUACUUAUACAGGAACUUUGUUGCCCCUCCCCUUCAUCCCCAAUCUAACAUGUGACAAGUUUAGUCAAUUUUGGUGAAACUGUAGAAGGUUAAAGUGAAGGCGGUCAGCCAUGUUCAGUCAGUCAGUCAGGAAGUCGCCCACAAACCAGUGAGUUCAGAUCCUGCAGCAAACAAAGUUGUUUUGUUUGAAGCAUGACACCUUAAGAGUCUGUAGCUGCUUUCACACUGAACCAAACCAGCAGGUGUGAACGUUGCCUUGGGCCAAAGGACCAACAUUUGGUUGGUUCAGUUAGUUUGCAGUGUGAAAACACUUUUUGGAUGGUUCAGACUUUCAGACCAGUUGCAGGAAGUUGAGGCACGACACCCAUUAAACAAUAGAAGAAGGGAAGUAACAGGAAGAGGAAUAGAAAUUAGUGGAGGCAGCACAGCGAGAUGAGGAGACAAAAUAUUUAACUGUGAUUUGGUCCAACAACAAAAUCAAAAGUUGAUGAUGACGCAGGUGACAUCAGGAUGUAAGUGACGAUGACAGGAUGUAGGUGAUGAUGACAGGAUGUAGAUGAUGAUGACAGGACAUAGGUGAUGAUGACAGGAUGUAGGUGACGUCAGGAUGUAGGUGACGAUGACAGGACGUAGGUGAUGACAGGACAUAGGUGAUGACAGAAUGUAGGUGAUGAUGACAGGAUGUAGGUGAUGAUGACAGGACAUAGGUGAUGACAGGAUGUAGGUGAUGAUGACAGGACAUAGGUGAUGACAGGAUGUAAGUGAUGAUGACAGAACGUAGGUGAUGACAGGAUGUAGGUGAUGAUGACAGGACACAGGUGAUGAUGACAGGAUGUAGGUGAUGAUGACAGGAUGUAGGUGAUGUUGACAGGACGUAGGUGAUGACAGGAUGUAGGUGAUGAUGACAGGACAUAGGUGAUGACAGGAUGUAGGUGAUGAUGACAGGACGUAGGUGAUGAUGACAGAACAUAGUUGAUGAUGACAGAACGUAGUUGAUGACAGGAUGUAGGCGAUAAUGACAGGGUGUAGGUGAUGACAGGACGUAGGUGAUGAUGAUAGGAUGUAGGUGAUGAUGACAGGAUGUAGGUGAUGACAGGAUGUAGGUGAUGAUGACAGAACGUAGGUGAUGACAGGACGUAGGUGAUGACAGAAUGUAGGUGAUGAUGUCUGAAUAUAGGUGAUGACAGGAUGUAGGUGAUAAUGACGGGACAUAGGUGAUGAUGUCAGAAUAUAGGUGAUGAUUACAGGACGUAGGUGAUGAUGACAGAAUGUAGUUGAUGACAGGAUGUAGGCGAUAAUGACAGGAUGUAGGUGAUGACAGGACGUAGGUGAUGAUGACAGGAUGUAAGUGAUGAUGACAGGAUGUAGGUGAUGACAGGACGUAGGUGAUGAUGACAGGAUGUAGGUGAUGACAGGACGUAGGUGAUGAUGACAGGAUGUAAGUGAUGAUGACAGGAUGUAGGUGAUGACAGGACGUAGGUGAUGAUGACAGGAUGUAGGUGAUGACAGGACGUAGGUGAUGAUGACAGGAUGUAGGUGAUGAUGACAGGAUGUAGGUGAUGACAGGACGUAGGUGAUGAUGACAGGAUGUAAGUGAUGAUGACAGGAUGUAGGUGAUGACAGGACGUAGGUGAUGAUGACAGGAUGUAGGUGAUGACAGGACGUAGGUGAUGAUGACAGGAUGUAGGUGAUGAUGACAGGAUGUAGGUGAUGACAGGACGUAGGUGAUGAUGACAGGAUGUAGGUGAUGACAGGACGUAGGUGAUGACAGAAUGUAGGUGAUAAUGACGGGACAUAGGUGAUGAUGUCAGGAUGUAGGUGAUGAUUACAGGACGUAGGUGAAGUCAGGUAAAGUUCUUAAAUUCACUCGCACCAAAACAAACUGAUCAAUCUAAUCUCAGUUCUCAGACAUCAUCUCAAGAUUUAUUUUUAUUGUUUUUAUUUGUGUAAAAUGGGUUGAAGAAGCUGAAUGUUUAGAUUCUGUUUCACUGGAAGUUUCUGAACUUAACUUUUAAGUCUCGCUCUGUUUCCAUGAACUAAAAUAGUUUUUAUUGCAUACAGCUCAUUCCUCAUAUGAUUAAUUUCAAUUAAACAUUCAUUCAACGACUUUUUUCCUGCUAUUUCAGAUUUCAUGAACACGUUUAAUGUUUGAAACAUUCUGAAUGGUCGAAGGCGUAAAGGUAAAAUUUUAAUUUCAGUGUUUAAAGUAUACAUGUUGUCAUUGUCAUUCUGACCGUGAACUGUGAACGUCGACGUGUUGAUUUAUACAGAACCACAUUAAAAGGUUCUAAAUGGACCGAUGAAAACAAACUGUCUCAAAAUGAAAAAUAUUAUUUCAGAUCAAUAAAGUUAUGUUUAAACUUUG